AUGGACAGCGAAGUCAAGUACACUGAUAGGUUUCUGAAACUGAACAGAGAUUCGUCCGUGGAAGAAUCGAAACUGGCUUAUGAUGAAAUGGCCCCAAGCUGGGAGAAGGUAUAUGAAUGCCGCGAUAGAUGAUUUAGUGUUCUGUGGUUUCGGGAGGUCAAAAAACGAAAGUAGAAAGAAGAUACUGUAAGCUUAUUUAAAAAGUCGACCUGCCCCUUAAAUUUGGAGGAGAAUCAGAAUUCGACCCUUGCAGUAGUCAGUUCGCUUCACUUUGUGACUUUCCCGUAUCGAUUUAGGUUUCUGGGAAACUGCUCACAAAAGCGGGCCAGCGCGGCUAACCUGUCUGGCUCGCCUCGUAUAAACAGGCCACAAGCCUCAUCCAAUAAAUCGUAACUAUCUAGUUUCUUGCUUCUAUUUUACUCUAAUAUGAAACAAACUUUCGCUAAUUUACUGCAAUAUUUUAAAAAGCCUACUUCUCACACACCACUGGUAGCCAUGCCAAGCCGAUCAAGCCGACCGCCGCAGCCUGACCUUUAUUUUAAACUCAAAAAAUGCAUACAUAUCAUAACCUUAGAAGGUAGGAUGCUAACAAAAACUACAAAGUUGCACCGUACAUUUAACAGCAUACAAAACUGAAAUCUUAGGGUGGGUGGGUGGGUGUGAAGGUCAGUAAUGGCGGACGCAACAAAAGCAACUGCCCGCCCUUCAGUCACAUGACCAACACCCAGGCUCACAGUGGUGUGUGAGAAAAACAUUUUCCACUUAAAUUCGUUACACUCAGCCAGUGGAAAAUUACCCGUAUUUCUUUUUUCGUAGAUAAGCGAAAAUGUGGGUUACAAAGGUCACAUUCUUUGCGUGGAGGCGUUUAAUCGCGCUGUGCGUUCCAACGAUGUUUAUCCUAACCCCAAAAAAGACAUAAAAAUCCUUGACGCCGGAGCAGGCACAGGAGGGAUUGGCGAGAUGUUGAAAGCUCGAGAAUACACUAAUGUCGACGCACUGGAUAUUUCCCAGGAAAUGUUAAAUUUAGCGGCCAGUAAACAUCUGUACAAGAAACUGAUCUGUGCUCCGUUGUCCGACACGCAUAUGAAGGAGAUAGAAACUGCUGAAUAUGACGUGGUGUUGUGUGCAGGCGUCAUAGUGUAUGGGCAAGUGAAGCCUGGGGCUAUUGAGCAAUGCGCGCGCUUCGUAAAACCCGGUAUGUGAGUUUCUUUUCUUGUGAGUGUAGUGAGAAGGAGUGAAUGGUUUUGUGUCGUAGUUUAAGUGUGCGCGCCUUUAGCCUGUUCCAGUUAGUACAGUGCGGCGUACAGAUGGUGGGGAGCGAGUUAAAUCGUAGUCGGGGAAAACGAGGGGAAAAAACGAAGGAAGACUUCCCUUUUUCCCUCUCCGGUCUCCCCCCGGUUUUUAUUUCUUCGUCAAUUUUUCGCCUGCGCUUUUUAAUCUGAACGUCUGGAACAGGCUAGCGCGCCCUGAACAGGUUUUUGUUUAGGUUGGCACUCCACAGAAUUCUAUCCACACACUCGAAAAUUUAAGGGUAUUACUUGAACUUAUCAUCAUCAUCAUCAUGGUGUUUGAAGGGCGAAGUACAAAUCCAAAUAUUCGUGCAUGGAAAAAAUACACACCAAGUUACCCUAAGAAAUAGUCAUGCACUGGCCUAAAAAAAUUCAUACAAGGGAAAUGUUAACGAAAAAACGUCAUGCGACUCGAAAAUUCCCUCCCUUCCAUAACUUUUUUAAUGGUCCGUUCCUUCCUUAGUAAUAAGUUAUUGUAAACGUUGGUGCAUUCUCUCUUGAACGUCUUAGUAUUUUCUUGUGUUUCUUUUGUAGGUGGCCUGUUUAUUUUCUCCAUUCGUUGCGAUUCCUAUGACCCCGUAGAGUACGGCUAUAGUGCCACAUGCGAGAAAUUAGAAAAAUCAGGGAAAUGGAAGCUGAUACUGAAAGAAAAACGUGAGCUUCAUGCAACACCAAACGAGGAACGAUAUCGUUAUUGUUACCUUAUCACAUAUAAAGUGCUUCAGUAACAAUUACAUUGUA